GCGGUUUCCGAAUUUUCGGAGUGGGAGCACAAUUUCCCUUUGACCUGCUUGGCUCCGUGUUUUUCGUGGAAAUGCUGGGAAUUCGCACAGUGAAAUGCCUAAGUUCUCUCGGGGAUCAAUUUGCGAGGAUCAGUCUGAAGAUUCCUAACCUCACUCGCGGGAAGAACUUCAGGAACUACCCAAAAUUGCGGCUCCCCUACUGGUUUGUGCGCCAAGAAACAGUGAAGCACGAUGACUUGAUAUCCCGGGACAACAAACAGUUUGUCCAAGAGGUGCUGCACGAUCAGUUCGGCGUGCCGAGCUUGAUAAAAGGCGUGAUGACAUAUCCGAAUGCCUCAAGUGGACUUCACACAGGAGAAGCGCCCCAGGUGGAGUGGCGACCCUUCAUGAGGCGUACCGGUGUCAUUGCCAAGAAGAUUGGAGAGUAUCCGCUGUGGCUGAAAAACGGCAAGAAGAUUCGCACGACGCUGCUGCAGGUUAUCGAUAAUCACGUUGUGAAGUAUUAUCCGCCGGAAAGCUUCGAUCCGAAAUCGAGAUCCAAAAUCAGGAAUCUCAACCGCUAUGGAUGUGUGUUGGUCGGAGCUGCGAGCACAGAUCCCUCGGUGCUGACGAAGGAGUAUUGUGGCCUGUUCAAGGACUCCGGCGUGAUGCCAAAGGCUCGCUUGGCGCGAUUCAUUAUUUCUCCGGAGGCGCAAUUGCUGCCCGGCACGCCGCUGAAUGUCACACACUUUCGCGUGGGCGACUUCGUGGACGUGCGCGGAAAGACGCUCGACCGCGGCUUCCAGGGCGUGAUGAAACGAUGGGGCUUUCAUGGAAUGCCCGCGUCGCAUGGCCAGACCAAGACUCACCGGCGUCCGGGCAACAUUGGCGGCGGAGGCGAGAAAGGCCGCGUGUGGCCGGGCAAGAAAAUGCCGGGCCACAUGGGCAAUAGAUACCGCGUGAUGCGCGGACUUCGGAUCUGGCGCAUCAACACUAAAUACAACGUUAUGUGGGUCCAGGGAAACGCAAUCUGCGGAGAAGUCAACAACUUCGUCACUGUCUUGGAUUCGAUCCUGCCGCUGCGGCGCUGCACCACGGCGCCCGCCUUUCCCACGCAUUUCGAGUCAACGGAAGAGCUGCCCGAGAACAUCUGGCACGAGGACGUGCACAACUUCGACGAUCCCACAAUCCUGUAUGAACCAGAGUAGUUUUUUCUCUCUUAGGUUUAUUACUGUAAUUAUUUAAUAGACAACAAAUUGUUACAAAUAUUCGUCUUAGAAAUUAUCCUGGUGUCUUAUUGUAAAUUUUACGAAAGCAGCGACUCUUGCUAUUUCUCUAUCUUUCGCUUUUGCACCCCCUCGGCUGAUUAGAAAUCCUAUAUGGUUGACCGAGAGCAGUGGCAGACAGGAUAACACAGACAUGCGGUGUGGAUUCAGUCGAAAUUCACCAAGUUUCAAGUGUUAGUAGAGGUUUUAAUUGGGCCAUUAUUUACUAUUACGUUUUUAUGUUUUCUAUUAGUUUUCCUGUAUAAAAAAUUUGCAUCAUUUGCAAUCUUAUUCGUAUAUCGUUCAAUUUAUCUAUAUUAUCUUCGCUAAAAGCGCUUUACAGCGUCAAGGAAGAUCAUCGUUUUGAAAGAAAAAUUAUCUCAUUAGUAACUAAUUCUAUUGCUCAUUUUUCUAGUUGUAACAUAAAAUACAUAAAAGCCUCUGUACUUUAUUUAACCCUCGUCCGUUGUCUAAAAACUGUCUUUAUUUUAUACAAUUCGGAAGAUCAUUUUAUUGUAGGGAGAAAAGUAUUGAUAUCGACUAAUGUUCAAAUUCAGAAAUAUUAGUACUGUGAUCCUUUCCGCUUAGGUUGAGGGCAAAUAAGAGCAAAAUACAAUUUUUCCUAGCAAUUUCAAGAAUAUGAGGAACUUCAGAGCCCUCAACGUGUAUUUAAUCUUCUAUCUUAGAUCUGUUUAACCACCCUGUCUCUAUUAUCAUGUCCACCACUGCCUUUUUUGUAUUCAUAUCCUCUUGAGCAAAUUUGUCAAGAGACUCAAAGGUAUAAAGAGUGAAAAAUCAACAUGACCGUUUCUCUAAUUUCGUUGCUGAUUUUCUACGGCUAAGAUUACUCUUAUUAGGGGGGCUUUUCCUUUACUCUUUCUCUCUUUCCCUUUUCAUUAACUCAUUUUACGAGGAAGAAAUCACAGACAAUGUGCCAAUUUUUCUCGUUCUUCACACAUUUUUUUUUAUACCUCAUUUUGGUUAAACUUCCUCUGUCUCUCCUGUUCAAUAUCUUAAGCUACUUUCAUGUUUAUUAAUCAAAUUGUAAAAUUGUUACCACAUUAAAAGUUCUAUCUGUUCUCCUUAAGUUUAUCUACAAAAAAAAGAGUUUGUAUGUACAUUUAAACGUAAUCAUCGAUUGAAAAAGGGAUCUUUUAACACAACUUUCUCUUCAACUCAGCCGCAAUUUGAAGAUUCAAAUAAUCAAUUACGAUCGCAUUGGUGCACUUUACAUGAUAAUCCUUCUUUUUUUUAAUGUAUUUCACGUAAUACCGCGUUUAGUUCUUUUUGUAAUCAUUUUAAGCACGCAAUCAGUCACUCCCUCUUCAAAUGGCUUUUCCAUGUAAUGUUUUGUCCUAUUCACGAUGAACAAUGAGGAAAGAAUAGUGAACAAAAUCAACAAAUUUUUCUUGCGUAUGUCGCAGUUCAGCUCAUUUUUUUCUCUCUUAAAAUCUUAGCUAUAAAAAAAACUGUCAAAUUGUCCUUAUUUUGUAAGAUUUCUCACACAUUUUCCCCUCUGUUUCGCACCAUUGUCGAAAUUAUU